AUGGCAAGCAUACUAGAUUAUCUUGUCAAAUCAUGUGCCAAGAAGUUGGAAGCUAUCAUUACGGAUGAGGCAGUUCUGAUUCUAGGAGUACAAGAAGACCUCAAACAAAUGCAGCGAACAAUGACCCAGAUACAAUGCUUUCUCGAUGAUGCCGAACAAAGGGGAACACAAGAGUCAGCAGUUAAUAACUGGCUUGGUGAGCUGAGAGGUGCUAUGUAUUAUGCCGACGAUAUUGUCGACUUGGCGAGAUCUGAAGGCGGAAAGCUUCUACUGGAAUGGGAUCCUUCAUCGUCAUCAAGAAAGGCAACUACAUGCAGUGGCCUUCCGUUUCUCAAUUGCAUCUCUCCUAUUCAGAAGCGUCACAAGAUUGGUGUUCAAAUCCGGGACUUCAAUACUCAACUUGACAAGAUUUCAAACUUGGGUGAAAGAUUUCUCAAGCUUGCAAAUAUGCAGCCUAAACCACAAGUUCUGACUGUGAAGCAUAUAAGAACUAGCCACCUUGUGGAGCCUAAUCUUGUGGGAAAGGAAACUUUACACGCUUGCAAAAGUUUGGUUGAACUGGUUAUUGCACACAAGGGAAAGAAGCCAUACAAGGUUGGUAUUGUUGGAACAGGAGGGAUUGGGAAGACAACUCUAGCCCAAAAAGUAUAUAAUGACCGAGAAUUAAAAGGAACCUUUAGCAACCAAGCAUGGAUAUGUGUUUCUCAGGAGUACUCUGAAAUAUCUCUUUUGAAGGAAGUCCUGCGGAAUUUUGGGGUACCCCAUGAGCAAGAUGAAACUGUGGGAGAGCUCAGCAGCAAGCUUGCAGUCGCCAUCACAGAUAAAAGUUUCUUCAUUGUGUUGGACGAUGUUUGGCAGCCUGCGGUCUGGACCAAUUUACUGAGAACUCCAUUACAUGCUGCUGCAACAGGAGUAAUUCUAGUGACCACUCGGCAUGAUACAGUUGCACAUGCAAUUGGCGUAGAAGAUGUGCAUCGAGUUGAAUUGAUGUCAGCAGAUAUAGGGUGGGAGCUGCUUUGGAAGAGUAUGAACAUUGAUGAAGAAAGAGAUGUGGAAAGCCUUCGGAAUAUAGGGGUAGAAAUUGUCCAUAAAUGUGGCAGACUUCCCCUCGCAAUCAAGGUUACUGCUAGUAUUCUAGCAACUAAAGAGAAAAGUGAGAGAGAAUGGAGAAAGGUUGCAAAAAGAAGUGCUUGGUCUAGGGGUAAUCUUCCUACUGAGCUCAGAGGUGCCCUGUAUUUGAGUUAUGAUGAUCUACCACGGUAUCUGAAGCAAUGUUUCCUCUAUGUAGCCUCAUAUCCAGAAGAUUGCCGCAUGAGUCGUGAUGAUCUUAUCAGGUUCUGGGUAGCUGAAGGUUAUGUGGAGGAGCAUGAAGAACAACUUCAAGAAGAUACAGCCGAAGAAUAUUACUAUGAGUUGAUACAUAGGAACCUCCUACAACCAGACCAUUUCUAUGCAGACCGUAGUUGGUGCAAGAUGCAUGAUCUUUUAAGGCAGCUUGCUCAACAUAUAUCUGGAGAAGAAAGUUUUUGUGGAGAUCCACAAUCACUGGGGCCUACAACUUUGUCCAAGCUAAGACAUGUUUCAGUCGUCACUAACAAGGAUUAUGUAGCACUGCCCAAUAUGGACAAAGUGAUGAUCAGAGCAAGGACACUGUUGAUUUUUUCCAUCAAGAGAUCAAGUGUUGAGAAUACAAUUUUCAGGAGACUUUCAUGCAUUCGUGUUUUAGAUCUGACUAAUUCAUCGAUUCAAAGCAUUCCAGAUAGCAUUGGAAGUUUGAUCCAUCUAAGACUGCUUGAUAUUAAUGAUACAAACACAUCUUAUCUUUCGGAGUCCAUCGGUUCCCUCAUGAACCUGCAGACACUGAACCUGGAAAGGUGCAAAGCUCUGCACAGUCUUCCUUUGGCGAUCACUGAAUUGUGCAAUCUAAGGCGCCUUGGUCUGACUAGUACUCCAAUAAAUCAGGUUCCAAAAGGUAUUGGCAGAUUAGAGUUCCUCAAUGAUUUAGGAGGAUUUCCUAUUAGUGGUGGAAGUGACAAUGGAAAAACACAAGAUGGAUGGAAGUUGGAAGAGUUGGAACAUCUCUCACAGCUAAGGCAGCUUGCUAUGAUUAACUUGGAAAGAGCAACUCCUCGUACUAGACAUUCAUUGCUAGCAGACAAGAAAUACCUCAAACGUUUGAGACUAUAUUGCAGAGUUACAUAUGAACCAGAUACAGAAGAUGUUGAAAAUAUUGAGAAGGUCUUUGAGCAGCUAAGCCCUUCACACAACCUAGAAUAUCUAGUCAUUGAUGGAUUCUUUGGCCGGCGGUAUCCCACAUGGCUUGGUACCACCCAUGUGUCGUCACUUGUAUACUUGACACUCAGAGAUUGCAAUUCAUGUGUACAUCUUCCAUCAAUCGGGCAGCUGCCCAGCUUGAGAUAUCUGAAAAUUCAUGGAGCAGCAGCAGUUACAAAGAUUGGACCCGAAUUUGUUAGCUGCAGGGGGGCUAAUCCCACAUCCACGGAUGCAGUUGUUGCUUUCCCCAAGCUUGAAACAUUGAGAAUUCAGGAUAUGCCCAGCUGGGAGGAAUGGUCCUUUGUUGAAGAAGGGGAAGAGGAUGGAUAUGUUGAGAUGCGAAAGGGGGGAGCCUUGUCUCCAAAGAUGCAGAUGCUGCCAUGCUUAAAAUUGCUGAUACUUGAAGGCUGCCCCAAGCUGAGAGCUCUCCCGCAACAGCUUGGACAGGAGGCAACCAGCUUGAAAUCCCUCUAUUUAAAAGGAGCAAGCUGCUUGAAGGUUUUGGAGGACUUCCCGUUCCUCUCUGAGAUGCUUGUGAUCGCUGGAUGCCAAGUCCUGGAGAGGGUUUCAAACCUUACUAAACUGAGAGAGCUCCGUGUGACAGGUUCUCCAAACUUGAACCUAAAGUUUGUUGAGGGAUUGCGUUUGCAGCAGCUGUGGCUGGAUGCACAACAUCUCUACCCCGUUGGCGCCGGGGCUUCAAGAGCAGCAGAGGAAACUUAA